CAACAAAAUACGGAGACGUACAAAAGCACAGUUCGCGAUAGGGGAUCAUAAAUGUUGGGCGCGGUAGUUCAUAGUGUUCUUUUUUUCUUUUUUUAUUGUUUAACCUAGGCAGGAAAUUAUAAAUAGUAUAAUUGCAAGGGCUUGGUGGCGCAACCCACCGCCCCGUUCCAAAGGGGACGCUCAUAACAUCGAUCCACUUAUCCACCCACCCAGAUUCAAAGGGUUGAACCUCAUUCAUCCAUCCAUCCAUAUGAAGUGGCUGCUUUCUUGGAGUAUCUAGUGAGAAACUAUGUUUCGGAGAACAUCGCAGAAGUUUGUGAAGGUGUUCUGUGAUCGCAGUUGGUUGUGUAUUCUAUGACCGCUCUCUCGCCCCAGCGCGGGCGCGACAGUAGGCGCACUGUCGGAGCACCUCAGUUCUUCCGCCGUAGCCGUAACGCAUCUGGAACAAAGGCCUCACAAAUGCGAUGAGCCUAGCUGAAAGUAUCACUGCCAAAACGGCAUGCCUCGCCCCUUCCAAGGUCUUCAAUCAGGUCGAGGUUGGCACGCAGUGCAGCUUGCCUCUGGCUGACAAGUCUGUCGGGUGCUGCUUCAAAGCUGGGAUCGAGUCUAGGAGCGUGCAGACUACGGAGGCUGUGGAUCAGUUACACUUCAUCUCAGCAUCGAGGCCUGCUAUUUCUCCAUCAACUGCCAAAUGUGACAACUCAAAGCAAGGAGGCCUCCACCGAUGUCAGCUAUCUGACUGUGAGACUGAUCAACAGUUUUGUCUGGAAGCACAUGCCAGCGUCCAUACAGGCAAGAAGCCAUUUCAGUGCCCUUCAUGCCCUCGGAGCUUCUCAAAAAGAUACAACCUAAAUGUUCACCUGUCCAUUCACACGGGUAAGCGGCCAUUUCAAUGCCCUUCAUGCCUGCGGAGCUUCUCGCAAAAAAUCCACCUGAAAAACCACCUGAGCACCCACACAGGUGAGAAGCCAUUCGCGUGCUCUUUGUGCUCUUGGAGCUUCCCACGAAAGGCUGACUUGAAAGAGCACCUGCGCACCCAUACAGGCGAGAAGCCACAUCAGUGCCCUUCAUGCUCUCGGAGCUUCUCACGAAAGGGCAACCUUACAAAACACCUGUGCACCCACACAGGUGAGAAGCCAUAUCAGUGCUCCUUAUGCUUUCAAAGCUUUGCACAAAAGACCCACCUGAAAGCCCACCAGCACACCCACACAGGCGAGAAGCCAUACCAGUGCCCUUCGUGCUUUCAGAGGUUCUCACAAAAGAUGCAGCUGAAAGUCCACCUGAGCAUUCACACAGGCGAGAAGCCAUAUCGAUGCCCUUCAUGCUCUCAGAGCUUCUCACAAAAGGGCAACCUGAAAGUCCACCUGCGUACCCACACAGGCGAGAAGCCAUUUCAUUGUCCUUCAUGCCUUCAGAGCUUCAUACGAAAGACCAGCCUGAUAUGCCACCUGCAAACCCAUACUGGUGAGAAGCCCUAUCAGUGCCCUUCAUGCUCUCGGAGGUUCUCAUUGAAAAGUGCCCUGAACGUACACCAGCGCAUUCAUACAGGUGACCGGCCAUAUCGUUGCACCGUCUGCUACAAGUCCUUUACGCGAUCUGAUCACUUGAGCAGACAUAAGCAUAGAGCAAAGCACCAUGAUAUUGUAGGGUAGAUCAUUGACCAUGUUGAACUAGUCUGAAUUGAAUAUCUAUGGAUGUGUAGCAUAUUUGAUAGGUUUGUACUGCAUCAGGAAGCACAAGUGAUGUGAUCUGCUUUCGAAGUUCUGUAUUUUUUUUCCAUAUGGUCUUUUGGUACAUAUGAACUUGUUCUGUUGUAUGCAUUCAUGUAUUUGUUGCCUCUAUGCUCUGGUAUACAUUGUUCAUUCUGAAGACUCUUUUGAGCUUAUUCUGUCCGUACUUUUUUUAAGAAUGGGUAUUUUUAUGGAGCAAUUGAUUGUUCAACAAGUUACCUUCCAACUGUUUGUUUCAUCAGAGCUCCAAAUAAAUGUCUGUGUUUCAUGAGUAUUUGUUGACUGUUUUGUGUAUUUUAGUACUUGAAUGGCAGCGUACAGUAUAGUCUUGUUAGCAUUUUAUUGUAUCGGGGACUGCAACAAAAAUUGAGUGGUGGCAAUUGAAAGUUCAUAAUUAGCGCAGAAGGCACUUGCUAUAACUAAUAUAAACGAAUAAUUGAAGCCUCAAGUUGAAUGUCAAGUCAUCCAUGCCUAAUUCAUUCCUACAUUUUAUUUCAACUAAUGUAUCAGCAUUUCUAUAAGCACUAGUGUGACAUAUCUGUAGAAAUAUUUCUAUAAAGUUUACAUAUUGAACCAAGCAUACACCUGCACUGUCUAAUACAUUUGUGUGCACAAGGCAAGAAAGUGGGCCAAUCCUGCCAAUUCAGGAAAGGUUCUUUCUGAAUUGCAGUUGUGCCAGUCUCUCAUAAGACAUUUCCUCGCAACGAAAUUUUACACAGGGCCUGUGUUUAAUGUAAUAAAUCCAAGAAUCGACUGUUUUGAUUAAGGGUGUGUGAAUAUUUGUUGCUUUUGAAUAGGAACUUUAUAAAUACAAAUAUCUUCUAGUAGCCUUGGAACACCUAAAACCUUCCUGCACACAAGCAGCCUUAAAUGGAAAUAAAGGUACAAUAAAUUUCACCCCCGUGGGCAUAGUAUAGGCAUAAAAUAUCUAAACGUGCAGGAGCUGGACUUUCCUGGCUAUGUAGGGAUCAUUUGCACUCCCUGAAGAGCCUUUUGUGUGUGAGCAAAUUCCCCAUUUGUUUUAGCUCCAUUUGUGCUUUUAGUAAACAAUCCUUCAUAACGUGCGACGGAACGAUGGGAACUUGCCAAUGUUAUGAACACUAGGAUGUGCACAUUGUUUUGUGCAUAUUUUGAUAUUAGCUGUUCAUUUUUCUAAAAAUAUUUGAGCUGUAUUCUGCAUUUGGGCCAGAAGUUUCACUUCUGGCCCUUUUCGAUUCGUAUUCCAUUCAAGCUGAAAAAUUACUUCUAUAUUGGCUAACAUGUACCUACAUGUAAUAAAUAAACGUGUGAGGCUUUUUUUUCUUUUUUGCCAAGUUCCACAACUAAGGAUUACUUCCACAUCCAGUCAGCCAUCAGCUGUACCAACACGUUACCAUUUCAGUGCAGGUUCUUCUUUCAAAGCUUCUUUGUAACUUGUGAACUCAAAUAGCAAUUUGUGCACACAGUUAAGCCCCGUAGGUGUCUAUGUGUUAAGUAAAAUCUGAACUGGGAAUAUGCAUAUGUGUGCAGAAGCUGCAUGGCAUUCUGUUACACAAGCAUUACAGUAUGCUCAGAUAUGUUGAGCUGCCGGGUUAAUUCAUAGCAUGUUCCAGCACAAUGUGACAAGCUGUUUCAUUAGACAAUUUUAGAAUGGCGUUUGCAACCAAACCUAAAUGCAUUACAUACAUAAAGAAAUAGCGUCGUCCUCACUGCACAUGCUGCGUACAUUAUGAGAUCCUGUGAUGUAUGUGCACUAUGAUAACGUAAGUUUUUUGCAAGUUUAACGUUCGUAAUGUUUAUGGACGCUAAGAAAUACCGUUGUCGAACAUGGUUGCAUCUAUGCAUCCCGCUUUAGCGUGAAUUCUCGUGAUGGCUACACUCUCACUUGCAUUGAUCACCAGUGGCUAUUGUAAUCAACGUUCGCUUUCUCUAAACUCACCUGAAGGGUUAGUUAUGAGCGCACAGCGCGUCCAUUUUCCGAGAUCGUUUGGCGAUUCGAGCACUCAUAGGCCUAGCAUUUGGAUCUUGGAGCCUGUGGAUCUGCCUUAGUAUUGCUGCUGAGUCUGGGUUUGGGCUCCAUUAUAUGCAAUUCGAUGUGUCAUCCUUUACUUUCGAGGGCCUUUUCUUUUGAUGAAGUAUGUACAAUGAUAUAUGGACAUAUAUAUGGACUAUAUAUGUAUAUAUGGGAUAUAUAUACAUAUAGUGUUAAAAAGAGAACUGAUGAAUUCGCUGCAUAUUUGCAACUCGCUGAAUCUGUUGGUAGUUCCGAAAUUUUUCCAUCUGGUUUUCACGUCUACCGUUCCGAUUGGAAUAUGCAUGAUGUAGUCUUUCUACUUGUUGGUUAGGGCACACAGUCGUCUCCCAUGUUAAUCCCAACCGAUUGUCCCGAGUCAGUUCGGUGCAAUAUCCGAUUUCAAACUGGGCAGUUGCUGACGGUUGGCUCCUUUUACCGUUCCCCCGCUUCCACAUUGCCUGAGACCUUCACAGCCCUUUCAGAGUUUCUUUCUACAAUAAAUAAUGACUAUCUUAUUGACGGUGAUUUCGAUAUGCCUGACAUGAGGUGGGUUCCCAACAAGCCUGUCCUUGUUAAUUCAUCCGCUCUGUCUAUAGCAUUCCGCGAGGCAAUAGUUACCAGCGAUAUUUGUCAGUUUGUUCUCAACCUACCAGGUGUGGUCCAAAUAGCUCUUCUGUGUUAGGUCUGCUUUUCUCAAACCAGCCAUUGCUUGUAUCUUACAACGCCGUAAUUCCUGGUAUUAGUGACCAUGACUGCAUUGUAGCACAUGUUCAGAUCAUCCUCUUCUCAUGUGCACAUGAUCACCGAAGGAAGAUAUAUUUUUUUUAGAAAGGCAAUUAUGUUUCAUUAUCUAAUGGUCUUGCCAUCGUCCUGCAGGAAUUCAGUCACUUCGCUCAGUCUGCAGAUUGCAAUACCCUAUGGGAUACAUUUUGCUUCACACUAAAGCAGUUGGUUGGCACACAUGUUCCAUGUAAACAUUUGUCUGCAAAAAAACGUAGAGGUAAGCCUUGGGUUACUCAGGAGGUCAAGCGAUUGAUUAAUAAGAGACAUUAUCUUCUGAAUGCGUACAGAAAGCAGCGUAAACCUUCCGUAUUUAUAAUGCUGAAGUCCCUUGGAAAAGAUAUAAAAGUAAAAAACAAGGUUGCUAAGGAAAAAUACUUAGCAUUGGGCCCGAAGUUACAAAAUAACCCAAAAGAAAUGUGGAAGUGUUGAAAAACAAUUAGCAAAGGAUCAAUUGGCAUCCUGAGCUUAAAAAAUGGCAGUGUACUCCUUACUCAUGACUUCAAUAAAGCUUCUUGCUUCAAUCUUUGUUUUCAGUCUUCUUUCACAACUCCCUGUCAUAAUGAAUUAUUGCGUACUCCCGACAGUGUGUUCGAACCUAUGCCAGAACUGGUUGUGACACACGGUAGUAUACUUGCGUUACUUGGCAAUAUAAAUGCUUCUUCUGCAAGUGGUCCUGGUGGUAUACCUUCUUGUGUGUUAAAGGCUUGUUCUAACAUAAUAGCCUAGUAUAUGGUUAUUAUGUUUGAGAAAUCGUUAAGUACUUCUUGUUUACCUGAGGAGUGGAAAGUUGCAAAUGUGGUACCAAUCCGUAAAAGUGGCCAGAAAAAGAUUGUCUCCUACUGCAGGCCAAUUUCUCUUAACGAGUGUGUGUAGUAAAACACUGGAGCACAUAGUGUACAGUGCCAUAAUAAAACAUCUAGAAAACAAUGCAGCAGAACCCCGGUUAUACGUCCCCCAGUUUUGUGACGACCUGGGUUUUACUACAGAUUAGCGCAGUCCCAGCGAAGUCCCCAUAGAAGCAAUGCAUUAAAAAUCCCGGUAAUCCGACGCAAUUUUACGCCUGACCCGCGUUAUAAGACAACCCUCGCGAAGCGCUGGAUGGAAUGGCGGACGAAAGAAAAGUGCCGCGGGUCUCUUUCCUCACUCUGUCUCUCCUCAUGCAUGCACAAGGCAAGAAAUUAGGCCAAUCCUGCCAAUUCAGAAAAGGUUCUUUCUGAAUUGCAGUUGUGCCAGUCUCUCAUAAGACAUUUUCCACCAGAUAUACAUGGUAAUGACUGUCAAGAAACACAGCAGCAAAACUCUCGAUAGCUCUCCCAACCUUUUGUUGGGAGAACCUGUGUCCACAAAAGCAAGUUACACUCAAAGCACAACAAUCGCUUGACACCGAUCGACCGGUUCGCUCUGGCGCAGCUUUCUUCCUUGCCUCGUCUCAUUGUUCGUUUCUCUCUGCCCCACCAGCAGCUGCGUGCGACGCUCACUGUGCUGAAGUAGCGCCUUUUCUUCUUUACAAUCACUUUCUCCCUCUCUUCUCGCCGGCAUCGCCUCUUGUCGCAUUGGGGAAGCGUUUCUCUCCUUCCAGUUUCCCAGCAGAAGAUCGCCAACAAGGUAGCGCGGAGAGGCCUAGGUUUAUCACACAUGUUCUUCGUCGUAAUCCUAGCGUUCAGCGGAGGUAUUGAGUUUUGUGGAGCAACACGAAGCACAACGGCCCGAAAGUGGACAGUUCUGUCGCUCGGCGAAAAGCUGAAUAUUAUCGAGGAAGCGGAAAAGCGGCAUGGAGCCAUGAAAGCCAGCACUGCCCGGGACCUUAAGAUACCUGAAUCUUCGCUUAAGACUAUCCUGACAAACAAAGCGGUGAUAUUGCAGAAUGCCAACAAGUUCGGGCUCAAGUGGAAAGCGGCAAAACGACAGCAUGAGAAGUUAGAAAAUGUUCUCGUCAAGUGGCUGCACCAAGCACUGAGCUCUGCGAUCAGCGUUGAUGGCGCCAUUCUAAAGGAAAAGGCGGACCUGGUGGCAUUGCGUCUAAGCAUCGACGACUUUCAGGCAUUGAACGGGCAGCUGGAUCGCUUUAAAAAACGAAACAGGAUUGUGUACAGCCGCUCCUGUGGAAAAAGCACUUCCAUGGACGUUUCGAUGGUGAAUGAGUAGAUGGAACUGUUGGAGAUGAUUGCUGCAUACAAGCCCUGCAAAGUUUUCAACGCCGAUGAGAGCGCUAUUUUUUACCAUAUGCAGCCUGAGCAAACCCUUGCAUUUAAGGGUGACAGCCGUCAUGGUGGCAAGCGUAGUAAAGACCGUGUGACGGCACUAUUCUGUGCUAACGAGGACGGUUCCGAGAGGCUGCCCGUGCUCGUUGUUGGAAAGUUUGCAAAGCCACGGUGCUUUAAGAACUUGAAGACGCUGCCAUGCAGCUACAACUUCAACAAAAAGGCGUGGAUGACGUCUUCGCUCUUCAGCAAUUUUUCGCAGCAGCUGGAUAACAAAAUGGGUGCUAAGGCAAGGAAAAUAUUGCUUUUCGUGGACAACACACCAUGCCACCCACUUGAUACGUCCAGCCUGAGGAACAUAAAGGUUGUUUUUUGGCCAACUGUACAAGCCGGCUGCAGCCGCUGGAUGCCGGCAUCAUUAAGUGCGUCAAGCAAGGGUACCGGAAGCAGUCAGUGCAGCGUGGGCUGGUGGCUACAGAGCGUAGCGAGUUGGAAAAAAGAUCACUGUGCUCGACGCCAUUCAUUUUAUUGCCAGUUCGUGGAAUGCAGUGUCGCGAAGCACAAUCGCUAACUCGUUCAAGCACUGUGGCUUUAAGCGAGAGACUGCCUUCUCUGCUGGGGACGCAACAACCUUGAUUCCACUCGAAGCCGAUGCAGGCUUUGCCGAUGACGAUUUCGAGUGUUUAAACCUCAUCGCGACCUUCGCCGGGUACGUGGAGGCUGACGACAAUGUUGCGAUCUGUGGCGAGGUGUCGCUGGAUGAUGCCAUUGAGGAGGCUUUGCCUAGUGCUGACACCGCUGCGACAUCGGACGAGGACGAAGCCACCACAGAUGCCGUCCCUGUGCCUACCACGUUUGCCGAGGUGCUACGGCACAUAGACUGCAUCCGGAACUUCAUCUGUACACGCGACGCCGUAGAGGACCUCCUUUUGGGCGUUGUCCAACUCGAGCGAAAGCUCUUGGUUCACGGAUCAAACAAGCUCCAAAAGAAACUCACCGAUUUUUCUAAAGUUCGCGUCGGCUGGCGGGAAUCGCAGCAGUGGAGUGCCGUAAAGGUUAGUUCGAAUAAAGCAUGAGUGGUACCUGUACUGCAGCAUUAAUUCUUAUCGCAUUUACCUUUUUGGUAAUUUGGGCUUCCUAUCCCUGCAGAGUAUGUUAGUAGUUUACAUUGAAGUUUCUCGUAAAUCCGUCGCGGGAAAUAUGUAGUAUUUUUAUACACAUAAUUUAUGUUCGGAUUUUAUGACACCUGCAUGUUAUGGUGCCUUUACACGGUCUAAAGAAAGUCUUAUAAUUGGGGUUCCACUGUAAUAUUUUUUUUUAGAAUAGUGGCAUGGUUUUAGGUCUGGUCGUUCUUGUUUGACACAGCUCCUAAAAUUCAGCCACAAUCUUUCUCAUGCAUUUGAUCUCGAUGUACAGACUGACUGUAUAUCUCUAGUUUUCAAAAAGGCAUUUGAUUCUGUUCCCAAUGUUUUGCUGUUACAUAAGCUAUCAUUCCUCGGUGUCUCUCCUUGAUUGCUUGAUUGGAUUAAAUGUCACAUGCAAGAACGCAUGCAAUGUGUUGUAAUUAAUAGCUCACAAUCUGAUUAUAUUGCUGUUACUUCAGGAGUUCUCCAGGGAUCUGUUUUGGGGUCAUUGCUGCUUCUAGUAUACAUCAAUGAUAUUGCUCAGGUUGUGUCAUGCAAAGUGUGUUUGUAUGUGGAUGGUUGUGUGAUUUAUCAUUGCAUUAGGUCUUCCACUGACCACGAGUGUGUGCAACGAAAUUUUGACUAUAACGUGCUGGUGGGCGAGGUGGCAAAUGUCUUUCAACCCCAGUAAGUGUCAAUAUGGCUCCUUUACACAUAAAAAAGAUCCAUACCUGUUUCAUUAUACAUUAGACACGUCCAGCUAUCGUGAGUAACUGAGUAUAAGUGUCUGGGUGUUUAUUUCUCAUCGAAUUUAACUUGGACUAAGCACAUUGAAUAUGUUACAGCAAAAUCCUGUAAAAUGCUAAAUUUUGUUAAUUGCAACUUCUGGUUAGCUCCUCCUUGAUUUUUAUCAAGGAAAGAGCUUGAAUUUUUGGGCAUAAUAGUCACAUAACUGUCUUUUCCUCCUUCCCUUCAGUGUGUUCUAUUGCAGUGGCGUCCCAGUGAGUAUAUAUAUACUCACCAGCUGCAAUAAAUCAAUUGUUGAAAGUUA